AUGCCGAACGAUAUCUACCAGGCCGAUGCCCCGCUGCCUUCCGGAGACGUGAAGGCGGCCGUGGGCGAAGAGGCCCGGGAGCACGGAGCACACGCCCCGACCGAUGGCAACAUCCUCUCAUCGCUUGUCAUCCCGAACGAAGUUCCUCCUGUCCACGGCCGUCGCGAAAGGUCCGGCACCGUCUGCAUUGCCGAAAUCGACGAGACGCUGAGCCAUCCUGGCUCGGUGCGCAUCAACGUCAAGGGCGCAUUCAUCGUCGACCAGGACAGCAGCACCCCGACGCACUCCGAUGACGGCCGGAGCGGAUCCCCCGGCCGGUCGCCAGUCCGGCACGAGACCCAGGAUAUCCGGCUGCCGAACCACACUGCCGUUAUUGGUGGUUCCCUUGCCAAGCUUGUCUACUUCUCCCGAGAGGCUCACUCGACCGAACCGGGCGGACGGCUCAACUUCCAGAGUUUUGAGACGGAUCAUAUAGAUGAUUGCCUCGAGUUUAUGCGCAAGCUGAAGCGCAGGUACCAGCGGGCCAACGGGGCCAACAGCCCACCGGCGUCUGAACUCUGUGUCAUGGCGACAGGAGGCGGCGCCUACAAGUUCUACGACAAGAUCCGAGAGGUACUCGGCGUCGAUGUCUUGAGGGAAGAUGAAAUGGAAUGCCUGAUCAUUGGCCUUGAUUUCUUCAUCAACGAGAUCCCACGUGAGGUCUUCACCUACUCGGAAGAACAUCCCAUGCAGUUCGUGGAGCCAGGAGACAAUGUAUACCCAUACCUCCUUGUCAACAUUGGUUCUGGCGUAUCAUUCCUCAAAGUUUCCGGACCCCGGGAAUAUGAGCGUGUUGGCGGUACUUCACUAGGAGGUGGCACUCUAUGGGGUCUCCUGAGUCUCCUUACCGGUGCGCGCACAUUCGACGAGAUGCUGGACCUUGCCUCUGAAGGUGACAACAGCAACGUGGACAUGCUCGUCGGCGACAUCUACGGCACCGACUACGGCAAGAUUGGCCUGAAGAGCACCACCAUUGCCAGCUCGUUUGGUAAAGUCUUCCGCAAGAAGCGGCAAGCCGAGACCGAAGCCGAAGACAGCGGCGGCCUUGCUCACAAGGAUCAACUCCACCAUCGCCAACAACAACCCCGUACCCACAAUGGCGUGCACACCCCACCACUUCUAGACGAAGACGUGGAACAGCCCGAGCCGCAACUAUCAGACUUCAUGUCCAAAGACCCCAGCCGCCCCUUUUCGUCAGCCGACAUCUCCAGGUCACUGCUGUACGCUAUCAGCAACAACAUUGGCCAGAUCGCCUACCUCCAAAGCCAGAUCCACGGGCUGUCUCACAUUUACUUUGGCGGCUCAUUCAUCCGCGGCCACCCCCAAACGAUGAACACCCUCAGCUACGCCAUCAAGUUCUGGAGCAAGGGGGCCAAGCAGGCCUACUUCUUGCGCCAUGAGGGCUACCUCGGUGCUGUGGGUGCGUUCCUCAAGAGACAGCCCCGGAACUGGGGUAGAAGGGGGUCGUUUGAGGAGGCCGCGCUGGAGCUCAGAAUGCGGGCGCGGACGAGAAGUGCGGAUUCUAUCCCCGAGGAGGUAAUAUCCUCUGUGGAUGACAAGCUCAGUGGAGGCGAGGAAGUUGCUGCUUGA